AUGGGUGUCCCCGCCUUGUUCAGAUGGCUGUCGCAAAAGUACCCCAAGAUCAUCUCGCCUGUCCUCGAAGAACACCCCAUAGAUGUCGACGGUGAGAAGAUUCCCAUCGACGCUCGUAAGCCCAAUCCAAAUGGCGAAGAGUUCGACAACCUGUACCUCGACAUGAACGGUAUCGUCCAUCCUUGUUCGCAUCCUGAGGAUCGCCCCGCCCCAGAGACCGAAGAGGACAUGAUGCUGGCCGUCUUUGAAUACACCGAGCGCGUCGUCAACAUGGUCAGACCCCGCAAGUUGCUCAUGAUUGCCGUCGAUGGUGUCGCCCCCAGAGCAAAGAUGAACCAGCAACGAUCAAGACGUUUCCGCGCUGCCCAGGAGGCUGCCGACAAGGACAAGGAAAAGGAGGAAUUCUUCAAGAUGCUCAGAUCCCAAGGCAAGGAGCCCGAGGGUGGAGACGGCAAGCCAAAGAAGACUUGGGACAGCAACGCCAUCACUCCUGGAACCCCCUUCAUGGACAUUCUAGCUGCCAGUCUGCGCUACUGGUGCGCAUACAAACUCAACACCGACCCUGCCUGGGAGAAGCUGAAGGUCAUCAUCUCCGACGCAACCGUUCCCGGAGAGGGAGAGCACAAGAUCAUGCAGUUUGUGCGCUCUCAGCGAAACUCGCCCCAGCACGACCCCAACACUCGCCAUGUCAUGUACGGUCUGGACGCUGAUUUGAUCAUGCUGGGUCUGGCCACACACGAACCGCAUUUCCGCAUUCUGCGUGAAGACGUCUUCGCCAACGACACCAAGCCCGGAUGCUGUCGCAUCUGCAACCAGCCUGGACACAUGGCUGCCGAGUGCAAGGGUGUGCCAGCCAAGAAGGAGGGCGACUUUGGCGAGAAGAAGGGCGGUGCUCCCUUGAAGCCCUUCAUCUGGCUGCACGUUGCCGUUUUGCGCGAGUACUUGGCCGUCGAGAUGAGCGUCCCUAACCAGCCCUUCAAAUUUGACCUGGAACGUGCACUGGAUGACUGGGUCUUUAUGUGUUUCUUCGUCGGAAACGAUUUCUUGCCCCAUCUGCCUUCUCUGGACAUUCGCGAACAGGGCAUCGACACGCUGAUCGCCAUCUGGAAAGACAACAUUCCUACAAUGGGAGGUUAUGUCACCAAGGACGGUCAUGUCGAUCUCGCUCGUGCACAGCUUAUUCUCGAGGGUCUCGCCAAGCAAGAAGAUGCCAUCUUCAAGCGUAGAAAGGAAGUCGAAGAGCGCAAAGAUGCUGCCGCCAAACGUAGAGCUCAACAGGCAAACAAACGCGCUCGCAGAUCUGGCGGUCCUGAUACGGGAGAUGCUGCUCCUUCGACUCCUCAAGGUCAGUUCAUGGGUAGUCGCAAGCGUGGCGAGAUGGUCCCCGACAUCAACGCUCUGCCUACAUUUGCUCCUGGUUCUGCCCAGACUGGUUCAGACCCUCGUUACAUGACCCAUGACAUGGUUGUCAACAAGGCAAACGUUGCGAACAAGAGUGCUGCAGCUGUCUUGAAAGAGAAGCUGUUGGCUCAGAAGAAUGGAGCACCCGCUGAAUCUCAGAAGGAUGCCGUCGAUCAAUUAAUGAGCGGUGUCGGUGCUUCAACAGAGACAUCUCCCGCGUCAGUCCUCGGCAAGCGCAAGGUCGAAGAUGACGACAAUGAUGCUGGUACUCCCGGACGUAACUCUCCUGACCCAGCUCAGAAAGGCCCUGCCAAGGACCCUGAGGCUCCUGCCGAGGACACUGUCAUGCUCUGGGAACCUGGUUACGCCGACCGUUACUACGAGCAGAAGUUCCACGUCCCAGCUGGCGACAUCGACUUUCGUCACCAGGUCGGUCGUGAUUACGUCGAGGGUCUUGCUUGGGUCUUGCUCUACUACUUCCAGGGAUGCGCCAGUUGGACCUGGUAUUACCCUCAUCAUUACGCUCCUUUCGCCGCUGAUUUCGUGGAUCUCGAAAAGAUGAACCUUGACUUCAAGAAGGGCAAGCCUUUCAGACCUUACGAACAACUCAUGGGUGUCAUGCCGGCUCGCAGUAAUCACGUUCUGCCUGCCGUGUUCCAUCCUCUCAUGACUGACGAAGACUCCGACAUCAAAGACUUCUACCCCCAAGACUUUGUGGUAGACCUCAACGGCAAGAAGUUUGCUUGGCAGGGUAUUGCUCUGUUGCCUUUCAUCGAUGCAAAGCGCUUGCUUGAUGCCAUGGCCACAAAAUACCCCCUGCUCACUGAGGAUGAGAAGUCGCGCAACGCUUUUGGUCACGACGCGUUGCUCUUCAGCACAAAGCAUCCUCUCUAUGAGGACGCCAAUACAGGGGACUUUAGCUUGAACCCUCAAGUGUCUGAGGGUCUGGCUGGAAAAGUCGAGAAGAACGAAGACUACCUUCCCUCAUCUUCGCUCUCUUUCCCGCUUCCUGGCGCCACACCGUUCCAUGAUGUUGACGACGAUCAGAGUAUCACUGUUCACUACGUCAUGCCUCCUACCAACACAGUCCACAAGAGCAUGUUGUUGCCAGGCCUAAUACCUCCCAACCCCGUUCUCGACUACAGCGACAUUGAGUCGACGAGGCAAAAGUCGCAAAAGUCAGGCAGACAAUUCGGCGGCGCGCCGCUCUACGAUCAAGGAGGUCGUGGCCGCAUCGACUAUAACGCAGGCGGCGGCAAUGGGUACAACAACAACGGGUACGGAGGCCACGGCGGUGGCUACAGAGGUGGCAGAGGAGGUGGAAACAACAACUACCCUCGCAAUAACGACGGCUAUGGUCGUGGCGGAUACGGUGCACCUCCCCCUCCUGGUGGCUUCCAAAACCUGCCUCCGGGACUCGCCGCACAGGCUGCCGCACACUUUGGCCGAAACGGUGGUGGAGGACUUCCUCCGCCGCCCCCACCUGGCUGGAUGCCUGGGAUGGCUGCUCCCCCUCCCCCAACAUCAAGGCGGAUAUGGUGGAGGCUACAAUAA